UCUAUGGAAAUAUAUCACUCUGAACUGCAAUAUAAUCUCAACCUCUGAGGCAGCAAUGAGCCACCAUGAGCUCAGUCUGCCGGGUAUCUAAAAGGAGAAGAAGAAGAAAAACACCGUGGUGGUUUGUUUUGAAUACAUUUGCUGGAAGAAAGUGAUGGAGUUUCCUGAAGAUUUCAACCAGCUUGAGCUUCUGAAUACACAUGGACACCUGAUCCCCCGAGGGACCAGUAGCCUGUGGACCGGAAGCAAGGAUGAAGAGGAUGAGGUAGAAGAGGAGGGGGAUCGGAGUGAGAAGUGGUAUCUAGAAAAAGAAGAAACUCUCAAAGACGUACCAAAGGUGCUCAUUCUGUGGGCAGCAGAAAACAAUCGCGUUUCCACAGUCCAAAGGUUGUUAACUUCUGAUCCGUCACUGGUGCACAGCUGUGAUGAGGACGGAUACACUCCACUGCAUCGUGCAGCGUACAGUGGCCACGUUGAUGUGGUUUCGGCUUUGAUCGCUGCUGGGUCUAAGGUCAACCCUCGCACCAUUGAUGGCUGGACGCCCCUUCACAGCGCCUGUCGCUGGAGUCGUGUCACAGUAGCGAGUUUUCUUCUGCAACAUGGAGCCGAACUGAACGCCCAGACCAACGGUGGGCUCACGCCAUUACACCUGGCCGCCUCUCACACCACGCCCUUCAGAACAGACGCUCCUCACACAUUAGAGCUCCUCCUCUCUCAGCGACACCUGAAGCCGGGGCUGCGGAGCAGCAGCGGAGAGACAGCCAGUGAGGUGGCCCGACGUUCUACCCCACAUCAUGUACUGUUUGAAAUGGUAGAAGACUGUGUGAAUGUGGUACCCAUCUCUUGAAUGAAGGAUGUUUUAUCCUCUUCCUUUCUUGUAAGUACAGCAUGCAGGAACAGAACAUCAAGUUUUAUUUCACAGUGCACAGAGAAAACAUGAACUGGACCAUCAUAUCAUUUACCAUUUAUCACCAUAAACUGUAUGAAAAUAUUUGACAGUCACCAUGACGUCACUAUUUUGUUUUGUUGACUCCAGUUUAAGAUUGGCAUUUUGGGUUGAAUGGGAAGCCCAGAGACUCCACCCCAGGAGAGAUCCCUCACUCAGCGGACUGCACAGAGAGCAACAUCCCAGCAGAGAGGAGUCACAGAGGCAGAUGCAAUGCAGAGUCUGGUGCAGGGAUGAUGCUAAACUGAAAAUCCGUCCAAAUCUUACAAUGGCCACCUAAGGCACUUCUGCAUUGUGUUCUCUUUUCAGGUGGUUGCCGCUUGUUCAUUACUUGAUUUUACUCAUAAUAUGACUAGUUUCAUGUAUAAACUUGCACAAAACUUGUUAUAGUUUGAAUAUAAAAUCAUAUGAUGGUGAAUGUGCUUAUAAUCUUUGACAUUCUAUACUGCCUCUAAAGCAUUGUUUAUGCUAAUGGUCAAAACCAUGCUUAUUUACUUUUGAACCGCUAAAAUAAAUGAAUUUCAUAUC